AUGGCACCGAAAGCGAUUAUUGCGCCGUCCAUUCUGUCGGCCGACUUUGCGCAGCUUGGAGCCGACUGCGCAAAGACGAUGGAUCAGGGUGCCGACUGGCUCCAUGUCGAUAUCAUGGACGGCCAUUUUGUGCCGAACCUGACCUUUGGCCCGCCAGUCGUGGCCAAGAUCCGAAAGCACGUCGACAAGCCGACCAACAAGUACGGUCGGGGCACCUUUGACUGCCACAUGAUGAUCGCCGAGCCCAAGAAAUGGGUCAAGGAAUUCAAAAAUGUCGGCUGCGAUCUGUACUGCUUCCACUACGAGGCCGCCUUUUCGAGCGACGCCGAGAGCCCCGAGGGCGAGAGCGACCGAAAGACCAACCCCAAGGAGCUGAUCAAGUACAUCCACGACCAGGGCCUGCUGGCCGGUAUUGCGCUCAAGCCCGCCACGGGUGUCGAGGUGCUGACGGAGAUCUUGGAGAGCCCCGACGAGAAGGAGAGACCGGAUAUGGUCCUCAUCAUGACGGUCGAGCCCGGCUUUGGCGGACAAAAGUUCAUGGCGUCGGAAUUGCCCAAGGUCCAGGAGCUGAGGAAGAGGUAUCCCGAGCUGAACAUUGAGGUCGAUGGUGGACUGGGCCCGGCCACGAUCGGCCAGGCUGCCGAUGCUGGCGCCAACGUCAUUGUCGCUGGCAGUGCCGUGUUUGGCGCCAAGGAUCCCAGCGAGGUUAUUGCUUUGCUGAGAGAUACUGUCAAUGCCAAGUCUGCGCAGCUAUAA